AUGGCACAUCGUGAAGGCAUUACCACAACAACCCAUGACUGGACUAUGGUCAACGCAGCAAGUCUGCUAAAAAAACAAAAAGUUAUAACCAUUGAUGGCUCUUUGACAGUUGAAGAUGCCUGUAACAUCCUGAUCGAAAAUAACAUUUCCUCUGCACCAGUUUAUGAGCCUGCACCAAAGACCUCAGGUGCUAUUGUACACACACCUUCAUUUGUAGGAAUGUUUGAUUAUGCAGACGUGAUAGCCUAUCUACUGCUCGUUCUCAAAAAAAUGCCCCCACCUUCCGAGCAAGAGGAUGUUUCUCCGACUUCGCUUGAGAUCAAGGAUAUAAUUAGACUUUCUCACGAAGGAAAGGAUGUCCCCGUCAAGCUUGCCAGUGAUUUGUCCCAAAAAAAUCCUUUUUACUCCAUAUUACCCGAGGCAACCCUCUUAUCGGCUGUAGAGGAGUUUGGUUGUGGUACACAUAGAGUUUCAAUCCUGAGGCCUGAUGGUGGAAUUGAUGGCAUCUUAUCCCAGUCAACAGUGGUUCGCUAUCUUUAUGACAACCAGAGAAGAUUCCCUGCUAUAGAGUCUCUUUUGAGCAAGACAUUACGCCAGUUGCAUUUGGGAGAGGCACCUGUAAUUGGUGUUAAUGCUGAUUCACUUGUAUUGGAUGCCUUGUCUUUGAUGAGUCAACACGGAAUCUCUUCUAUUGCCGUUCUUGGUCAUAUGGGUAUUGUUCUUGGCAAUAUUAGUUUGACAGAUGUAAAACAUGUGAUGAGAAGCUAUCGCCAUCAAUUACUUUGGAACACAUGUUUCAAUUUUGUCAGCCUAGUACGCACUCAACAAGGUAUCGAUGAUGGACAGGACCGCUUGCCAGUGUUCGAUGUCCGCUUGGACACAACACUUGGGUUUGCAAUUGCCAAAUUGCUGGCGACCAAAUCACACCGUGUGUGGGUGACAGACGAGAGGGACAGGGCUGUCGGAGUCGUAUCGCUGACAGACGUUAUGCGUGUCGUAGCCAAGAGUGCAGGUGUUGACGUUGUCUCUCAACGUACUGGUCAUUAAAAGAUAGCGUGUCGAACGAUUAUUUACUAAAGAUAAUAAUAAUGAAGAACUUGAAAACGAGAUAAAAUUAAAGAGCAAGUAAAUAAAAAAAAACCAGCCUUUUUCUUUCUCU